CCCUUCUUUCGUUGCCCUGUUGCAGUGAAACAAUUACCUGCCGGCUAAGGUUGUCGGAAAUUAUGUUUCAGUCUGUAAGGUGCAAUUCGAGGAAUUUGCUGUUGGGCUUUUUGGUUUUUGCAAUCGCCUUCUUUGUUUGCUGGCAACUCGUUGGAUUCUCCAAUCCGAAUAAUUCAACUAAAACCGGCAAUUUAAUUCACUCGCAACCUGCUGAGAUUGUGACGAAUCUAAAACAAACCAGCGUACAGUCUUCAUCGUGUAAUAAAACGAUCGGAGCGGAGAAUGUGGCGACGUCGAACGACGCGUUCCAGUGGUGCAGUGCGGAUUCAUCCGCACGCGGAAUGCACCAAAAGGUCAUCACGUUCACCUUGUUCGGUGCAGCCAACAUGUCCCUUUUCAGUCGUUACGAUUCGCUGUUGAGAAACAUUUCGACAACGUCAAGGCAAAUGUAUCCGGGCUGGAUCGUGCGGAUUUACCACAAUUUCCACAAUGAAUCCGAAACGGAACGAUCGAUAGUCAACCAGUUGUUCGAUUUGAGUUGUCAGUUUGAUCACGUUGAUUUGUGCAGCAUUGCGGAGUUGAUUGGAAGAAUUCCGGCACUGACGCCCAUCGAUCCAGCCCUUAUUAAAGGCCUCAACCCGAGAAUGUUGCGCUUUCUGGUUAUGCUCGAUCCUAAUGUGGACAUUUUCAUUUCGCGAGACACCGACAGUGUCAUUUGGCGGAGGGAAGUGGAUGCGGUCAACGAAUGGCUUCGAUCCAACUACACGUUCCAUUUGAUGAGGGAUCACAGAAAGCACAAUCAUCUGAUCCUGGGCGGAAUGUGGGGAGCCAAACUGUAUCAGCGUCGAGAUCUCAUUGAAGGACUGACGAGGGCCUUAAUAGUAGCUGGCCAGGGUGGUGACAAGAGUACAGAUCAAAAUUCGUUGAACAACAUCCUUUGGCCAACUGCCCAGUUUGACGUGAUGGCACACGACAGUUAUCAAUGCCAGAACAAUCAGAUGCUGAGCAAGUCUCCGCUCAAAGUCUAUCCGUUCCCCACGAUGCGCAAUGGCAGCUGUUACGUCGGCGGGAUCGGCCAGCAACUCACUGCAGACAAAUGUCCAGUCGCUUGUCGGCCACCCAAUCAUAAAGACUGGGAAUUCUGCUAAUAGAGAAAAUAUAACUAUUUAAAUGUA